CCCCGCCGGCCGCCAUGUGACGGGAAGCAGCUGAUGGCCUCUGCGGGCAGCAGCGGCGGCGGGGAGGGGGCGGGCGGCGCGGAAUGAAGGCCCGCGGCCCUGGGGGCUGAGGCUCCCGCCGCCGCCUGGCGCGGCCCGCGCGUCCUCAUGGAGGCCGGAGAGGAACCACUGCUGCUGGCUGAACUCAAGCCUGGACGUCCCCAUCAGUUUGACUGGAAGUCAAGCUGUGAGACCUGGAGUGUGGCCUUCUCCCCAGAUGGUUCCUGGUUUGCCUGGUCUCAAGGACACUGCGUGGUCAAGCUGGUCCCCUGGCCCUUAGAAGAGCAGUUCAUCCCUAAAGGAUUCGAAGCCAAAAGCCGGAGCAGCAAAAAUGAUUCAAAAGGACGAGGCAGCCUGAAGGAGAAGACACUGGACUGUGGUCAGAUUGUGUGGGGGUUGGCCUUCAGCCCGUGGCCCUCACCACCCAGCAGGAAACUCUGGGCACGCCACCAUCCCCAGGUGCCAGAUGUUUCUUGCCUGAUCCUGGCCACAGGUCUCAAUGACGGACAGAUCAAGAUUUGGGAGGUGCAGACAGGGCUCCUGCUUCUGAAUCUUUCUGGCCACCAAGAUGUCGUGAGAGAUCUGAGUUUCACACCCAGUGGAAGUUUGAUUUUGGUCUCUGCAUCCCGGGAUAAGACUCUUCGAAUCUGGGACCUGAAUAAACAUGGUAAGCAGAUCCAGGUGUUAUCUGGCCACCUGCAGUGGGUUUACUGCUGCUCUAUCUCCCCUGACUGCAGCAUGUUAUGUUCCGCAGCUGGUGAGAAGUCGGUCUUUCUGUGGAGCAUGCGGUCCUACACACUAAUCCGGAAGCUGGAAGGCCACCAGAGCAGUGUUGUCUCCUGUGACUUCUCUCCUGACUCUGCCUUGCUCGUCACAGCUUCUUACGACACCAGCGUGAUUAUGUGGGACCCCUACACUGGCGAGAGGCUGAGGUCACUUCAUCACACCCAGCUCGAACCUGUCAUGGAUGACAGUGAUGUUCACAUGAGCUCCCUGCGGUCUGUGUGCUUCUCUCCUGAAGGUCUGUACCUCGCUACAGUGGCAGAUGACAGGCUCCUCAGGAUCUGGGCUCUGGAACUGAAGGCUCCAGUUGCCUUUGCUCCCAUGACCAAUGGUCUUUGCUGCACAUUCUUCCCACAUGGUGGAGUUAUCGCCACAGGGACAAGAGAUGGCCAUGUCCAGUUCUGGACGGCUCCCCGCGUCCUGUCCUCACUGAAGCAUUUAUGCAGGAAAGCCCUUCGAAGUUUCCUCACAACAUACCAAGUCCUAGCACUGCCAAUCCCUAAGAAGAUGAAAGAGUUCCUCACAUACAGGACUUUGUAGUAGCACCAGCCAUCCUGACUCCUAUAGAGAAGCAAUGCAAGGGACUGGCUCGGAUGGAGCCAGCAGACGACACUGGACCCGCUGUGGACCUUUCUCCCCAUUGGCAUGUGCAAGUAGGUCUGAGGGACCCCACUUCGUGGUGCCAGCCUUACCUCGUCUUCAUCCGUUGUGAGCGGCCUUCGUCAGUCUAGUUGUCUUGAAGCCAAGUGCAGUUGUGGAUGUUGUUUGGAUAGAAAAGCAAGCAGGCUCCAGAGCCUGUCUGGUGAUGGCCAAGUCCACACUCCCUUCACUGGGAAGUGCCUGCCACGUAGCAUAGCAUAGCAUAGCACCUGCUGCCUGUGUCCAGUCAGUGCUGCAUGGUCUGAGGUUCCUAGGCUCUGGUCUAAGGAACGCUCGUGUUUGGCAGGUGGUCUGGGCUGUUCCCCUCACCAAUACACUAGUACUGGCUUUUACUUUUCUUUAAACAGUGGUGUGCAUGUAUAGGAAAUGACAAACAAGUACAUCAGAUCAUAUGAGGUGCUCCUCAACUGCAUGACGGUCAGAUGGCCAUUUAUCAGCACCAUAUUUAUUUGUAUUUUCUCAGCAGAUAUUAAGGUACAACUAUGUUUUCUCAGUGGUCUUUGAAAGCCAGGAGUUCUUACGUGGCCCAGUUGUGAAGCCAUGUCUAGUUGUGUGGAGUCAGUGUCGUCACUGGCUCAUGCUGUCACGUGCGUGCGUUUGUCUCUGCUGCUUGACCUCAUGGGACUCACCCUCCACUUCAACUGCCCUAAACAUAGCCCCUCCCAAGCACCGCUCUUCACCAGCGGCAGAGCUACCUGUUCGGGAUGCCUCACUCACACAAGAUCUGCCUUGGGAAAGUUAAUAUAUUUUAAAUUAUUUUAAAAGAAACGCAACACCUUA